AUGGCGAUGGAGUACCAGUCGCCCCACACCUGGGAGACGCCGGGCCUGCAGGGCGGCUCCCUCCGGCCAGGCCCCACGGAUCGGCCGUCGCCCGGCAACCAGCGGAGCAUUGUGACCUCGGUGCUCCGGGUCAUCAAAGGGGCUGCUGACCUCACGCCCGGGAGGGGCGGGGGGGCCCGGUGCCCGAGCUCGGAGCGUCCUCCUGGGCGUCUCCUCCCCUCGACCACGAUGAGAAGGGGCUCCAAGAGGAAGCUUCUGCUGCUGGUCUCUCUGGCCCUCUCGCUGCUGUGGGCAGGCCGCCACCUCAGGAAGCGGCCGGACGUGGUGACCACCACGGACUGGCUGGCCCCGGUCAUCUGGGAGGGCACCUUCGACCGGCGGGCGCUUUACCGGCACUACCGGCGGCAGAACCUCACGGUGGGCCUGGUGGUCUUCGCUGUCGGCAGGGCCGCCCACCGGUACCUGGAGCCCUUCCUGCGGUCGGCGGACAAGCACUUCCUGCCGGGCUUCCGCGUGGUCACCUACGUGCUGGCGGAGAGCUGGCUCCGGCCGCCGGCGCUGCCCGCCCGGCCGCUGCGCGCGGUGCGGGUGCUGGCCGUGCGGCCGGACCGCGGGCCCCCGGGCCGCAGCCUGUGGCGGCUGCAGAGCCUGGGCGCGGCCCUCAGCGCCGUGCAGGCCGAGGCCGACUUCGUGUUCAGCAUGAGCGUGGACCGCGUGUUCCGGGCGGACGUGGGCGCCGAGGUGCUGGGCGCGGCCGUGGCCCAGCUGCACGCCUGGUGGUUCUUCCGGGACCGGCGCCACUUCCCCUACGAGCGGCGGCCGCGCUCCGCGGCCUGCAUCCCCGCCGGCCAGGGCGACUUCUUCUACGACGGCGCGGUGCUGGGCGGCGCGCCCGCCCGCCUGCUGGCCCUGCUGCGGGCCUGCCUGGCCGGCGCGUGGCAGGACGCCCUGCACGGCCUCCACUCCACCUUCGAGAGCCACCUGAACAAGUACUUCUUCCUGCACAAGCCCAGCACCCUGCUGUCGCCCGAGUACAACUGGGAUGCCAGCUUCCACCCACCGCUGCAGGUGCGGCUGGUGCGGGUGCUGCAGCUGGGCCGGCGCGACCCUGACCCCUGA